UUUUACCGGAACUAUUUUUGUGUAUUGAAUGAUCGGAUGCUACAGGUCGUAUUUGAUGUGUAUCAAAAUUCGAUGAUAUCUGUUGGAUUUUGUUGUUUGUAAUGUGUGUUAAAAUGUAGGAAUAACCCAAAACAAUAUUCCAGAAUGUCUUGGAAAAGAAAAACAAUCUAUUUAAUCGCGUGGACCGUGGUGAUAGGACUCUCAUAUGGUGUUGACAUAACUAUAAAUAACCAAGAAAAUGGAUUUUUUCUGAAACCAAUUUAUGAUAAACAUAAACCAUGGGAUCCUGCAGUCGAGGAAGAAAAUUUCGUCAUUACACAAAAAUCAGAUAAGUUAACUUUCCAUGCAUUUAAUGGUCCUUUUGAUGAUUAUAAAACUGUUACCGGCAGUGAUGCUGAAGACAUGGCAUCGUACUUACAACGAGCAGGUAACAAUAACAACAACUUUGUAUAUGAAAACAUGGAUAUAAGUGCUCAUAUUGUAAGUCAAAAAGUUUCACCGAAAUGGCCAAAAUUACAAAUUAUGAUUCACGCUAGUCCCCGAUUUAAUGUAAACAGUAAGCAUCGACAGAAAUCAAAUGUUUAUUCUCGGACGUUAUGUGGUCACAUUUUUGUUCGUAACACCAAAGCAGAGUUAUCUUCCAUUUGUGUCAUUGGAAGUCACGAAGAGGCCUGUGUUGCCACUAUCAGUCUACCAAAUGCAUGGUGGCAUUCAAAUAGUUCAGUGGAUGUAUACUAUGCUGUAUCGUCGUCCAAUCAAAACCAGGAAUGUGCUAGUGCAUCCAAUUCUAUUAAAGCUCUUACAGAACCAGAAAAGGAAGAAGAGACCAGUCCAAGGAAAUUAAUUUUAAGUGUUAUUUUGUCAAAUCCAGGAAAUACAUUUGAAGUUCGACAAGAUGAACAAAUUCGUAUUUAUGUUCCAACAGAAGUAUUUGAACCAAAAACGAUAUUUGAAAUUCCAGUAAAAUUAGAGUCAAACUCAACAAUACAAGUGUUUGUGAUGAGAUGUCGUGUUCGUGAUGGACUUAUUAUCACAGGAGCCAUUGCCAAGGCUGAUGGACCAUGGCAGAUACAUGUAGAUAUUAACGAAAGACAGAAAAUUGGCAGUGUGACUGCGUUUGUCCGAGAUACAUCAUCCUACAAAGUUUCUACGAGGAUUCAGGAUAUAUUUAAAUGGCAGUUGGAGGUUGAAGAUGAUAGAUCUAAGAUUGACACUGGUCGUAUUGUCUGGAGUGUGGAGUAUGAGAGGACGUCCAAACAAGAACUGUACGUCUCUCAGGAGUCACGGAUUGUUUCUCAUAUCAAUAUCAGAUCACAGAAACAAGAUCAUCUGGUACCUGUUGUUAAGGUAAAUGAGGUAUUGAACUUGGCCAUGUUGACUGGUAUCAAACAAAUCUAUCCCCUGGGAAUAUAUCUUGUGUCUGAAGAUGGAGGUGCCAGAGAUGUCACUUAUAACACAGCUUGUCAUUCUGUAGAGGAAGAUAUAAUGAAGGUUGCCUCUAACUGUUCCUAUAUCUAUUUGGAUGGAACUGAAAGGCGUGGAUCACACAACGUCACGAUCAUCACAAAGUCAGGACAUCACACAGCAUUUAUCCACCUGACAGUGUGGAUUCCCAUGACUCCACUGGAUAUCAGUCUGUCUGACAACAAACUCAGUCUGAUUAGAGGCUGGAAAGUAGCAUCUACAAGAGGGAAGAAUAGUAAGAAAAGAUCAAGAAAUAAACGUUUAGUAGACCUUGGUAUGCUGACUCAUCCAAGUGUUUAUCUAAGAGAUGGUGGAAAGAAAUACAAAGGCUGCCAUUUACGUUACCAACAAGCAGAGCUAGACAUCUAUGGUGUGUUUUAUAUCGCCACAUCCUCUGGAAUUGAUUAUUUUAAAGGGAAGAAAGUCGCACUAAAGCUGACCGAUCUGCUACAAAACAGACUUAGGGUGUCUGACCCUAGGAUAGCUCAACUGAAAGAUGGCGUUAUACAAGGUGUUGGACCAGGUGUCACAGAGAUCCAGGUUUUGUCUCCUAAUGGCCACAGUAUAGCUAUAUCAGAAGUACGUGUUGGUAGUGACAAAGUUUCCCUGACCAGACUGGUUAUAAAUGUGAUCACUGGGGUAACUGUAGAUGUACUGGGUUCCAGUGAAGUACCAGGAGCACUUCUUAUAAAGGCUCAUAUAGAUAGCCAGUUUAGAACAGAGUACCAGGAAGGAAUCAUCAAUAUAGCUCUGCAGUUUUCUGAUGAAACCAGGAUACCCCUGAAACAUGUCAACCCUGACGAUUAUCACCUGGCUGUAUCUACAUCCUACCGCCAUCUUGUAGGUGUGGUUAAAGAUAGUAAACCCUAUCAACCGAGAAUUGUGGCUAUCAAGGAGGGACGUGGAGAGCUGUUCAAAAUAGAAUUCAAAUUAGGGAAGAAAUGUCACAAAAAGAAGACCCUCCCGUUGCAGACCGAUAUUGUUAUUAUUAAUGCUGAUUUCUCUCUUCCAAAUACAAUACAGACUGAUCAGACAUUAAAUGAUUGGCCUGAUCAUGGAAACCAGCCCAGUGAGAGACGGGAAAGCAAGCGACUAGACAAACCCAUUUACAGCUUUAAGUCCUCACAAAAAGACGAAGCACAUGACAAAAAAGAUAAGGGAAAAUACAGUAAAAAGAGUUCACCAGAUUCUCAAGUGUAUGGUAUUGGCAUUGAUCUUAAUGAAAACUUAAAACAAAUGGCUCGAUCCUCCAAAAAUAUGGCUCAAAAUUUACAAAAUGAACCUGAAAAGAAGCGGGCUGAAAAUCCAGGACUCUCUCCAUUGGAAGUUGGAAUGUAUGUUUUGUUAGCAGUGUUUGGUGUUGUGUUUACUGUUUUCUUUAGCAUUGUUUUAAUGUACAGACAUAAAAAGAAGCAUGCCACAAAUAAAAAUAAAGGUGGUACUGUGGCACAAGCCAAUGACUGGGUAUGGAUAGGACGUGCCACUUUAGAACGUAAUGCCAUCAAUACACAGUGUUCACAGGCUCUCAUGCCUGAUAAUGAUUUCAAUGGAAAUCGACCCGUACCAGUGGACAGUGGCAUCCAUUCUGGUGUCCACUCGGGAGUCCACUCAGCACAGAGUAGCAAUCGUAACAGCUUUGUGUCUACUAUAAAAGGAUCAGAAUGUAGUAUCCGCAUCACUGCCAAUCCACUGCCUGAAGAGCUACCAACAAACAAUAACAAUGCCAACAGGGAACCAGAGUGGGAUUAUGAAGCAAUGGGUAUGAACUAUGACCAGCUGGCAGACUAUUUUGAUAACCUUAAAGAAUCUACUGCUUAAAAUGAAAUAGUUAAACCUUGACCUUGUUCAGCAGGUCAUUAAGUUGAGUUGUGAACUUAUUUUUAUUGAGAAACUAGCAGUUCAGAUAUUAGUUUGAAUUGGGUCAGUUAAGUUAUAAGAAUAUUGUUUGUAAGAAUUGUUAUAAUUAUAUUUCAUGUAUAUAUAGACAUCAAUGAAAUCCACAAUGUCAUUCCUCAUCUUCAGAUUUUCAUGAUUUGAUUUGGAAAAACAUUUUUAACACUAUCUCCUUUACCAAAAAGUCAUUGACAAAGGGAGAUAAUAUAUUAUUCUCUUGUGUAAAUUUUGAGUUUUACACUUUUUCGAUAUGUGAUACAUUAAACAUUAUCUUCUUAUCUCCCUUUACCCAUGUUGACAGCAAAAAUUUUAAUAGACAAAGGGAGACAAUUAUUAAUCUCCUAGAUAACAUGAUACUUGCCUCAUUUAUUUCAAAAAUAUUAUUCAUAAGCAAAAUUAGAGUCAUCAAACUUGGGUUUUAUUUCAAAAUCAACUGUUUAAUUUAGAAUAUUUAUUUUUUUCGAAAUCCCAAACAAUAGAAUUGAUAUUUUAUCAGAUAAUAAUAUAUCUUAUAAAUAAAACUUUGAUAAUAAUAAUGAAAUCAACCUUUGUGUCUUCAAAUCAGAAAUUUCUUUCAUGACAAUAUUUGAAUUAUAAUUGAAUGUAAAUAAAAAGUUAUAUUUUUUUUAGGGUAAAAUAAAUUAUUUCAAAUUCAUAUUAGACUAGUAGUACCUGAGCAACAGGCAAUUAAAGUUCAAACAAUUCAUUAUCAUGACUCUUCAAAUCAAAGAGCUAAAUCAGGGCACUUGUUGAUUUCCAAUUUUGCAUGCAGCUUUAUUAACUGACGUUAAAAGCAAUAGACCUCAAAAUAUUAAAUUAGUUAUCAAUGUCUUUCUAAAAACAGACCUUUGUUUUUUUCACCAAUAAAUUGGAUGCUGAAAAUGAUAUCUGUAUAUGCAAUCUGCUUGUCAACACAGUUAAACUAUCCAAUUAACAAAAGAACUAUUUCAGUAUUUCAUUUUGUCAAUUUUAAUUUUGGAUUUGGUCAAAAUUGAUAUAAGAUUUUGUAAUUCAAUUUGCUUGGAAGUCACAUUUUUUUUGAAAGCUUAGUUCUAUGAAUUGAGGUUAACUCAAGACAAAAAGAAUAGUUUUUGUAUGAUCUUGUUCUUCUUAACUCUAUACUUCUUCCAUUUGUUACUCAUGCUUGCCAUUUUUAUAGAUUUUUUGUUAGUUAUGCAUUUACAUAGAUUUUUAGGUGCAAUGAACCGUGUUAUUUAUCUUUUAUGGGCUAUAUUUGUAAGCUUUAUGUAAUUUCGUACUGUAUCGAUUAUUGAUAUAUUAUGGAAUAAGUUAUUUUAUUCAUAAUGAUGGUAAGGUAAUUUUUUUUAUUUUAAUAAUUGUUAGUAAUAAAAAAGAAUUAAAAAAUGUUAAUAAAAAAAAUACACAAAUAUGGUCAACUUCUGGAAAUUUCACUACUUUUGUUUUGAGAUAUAAAUUAUCUGCUGGAAAAUGUAUUUUUAGAUCUGAUUUUCACGAACUUAUUUUGAUAUUAAGUGUGCCAUACAAUAUGACCAUAUAUAUAAUGUUUUACAAUAAAUGAUAUAUAUCUGGUAAAAAAUUAAUAAAGUGAUAGUUUUUUUUCUUUGUAUACAGAUUAGGAAGAGUGUCCAAUGACAUUUUACUGCUUGAAAAUGUUUUUUUAAUGUUUAUAGAUAGACUUGUUUAUGCUGUAAACUGAAUUCAUUUUCACUAUUAACAAUGAUUAACCAUGCAGCACAAACCUGACAAAAAGACCUUCUGUUCAUAUAGAAAGGCCAGUAAUUAGGAACCUGUUGUCUGAUUGUCCAAAUAUUUUUUUGUCCAAUGUCAUAAUCUUUGACCAAUAUUUAUUUGACUUUGGUCAUUUCAAUAACAUUCAAAAACAGACUUACAAACAAUUCAUGAGGUUCUGUAGUAGUACGUAAGAUUGAUAAUCAAAACUGUUGUUUCUUCCUUUCACCAUAAACCAAAAACAUUCUUGCUAUAUACCCUAUUGAUUAGCUUGGUCACAUACAUUUUAGAUAGAUUCAGAAAUAUCAGUUUUGAAUUUUUUAUGCUUUUCGUUUUAUUUUAUUAAUUAGGCAAUGGCUAAAUUUCUUCAUAGAUUCUACCAUUACACCAUUGAAAAUAGGGAAAUUCUAUGGUCCUUUUGAUCAUGAGAAUAUUUUUGAACACUUUAAUAAUAUCUUUUCAACAUUUUCUGCGACAAAGAAAAAUAAAAAAAAUUUGUUAAAGAAUACCAGACACAGAUUUUUUGCUAAUAUUUGUUGUUUUAUAAGUAGUGUUGUUAUUAUUUAUUAGUUGUUAAAUACUCAGUUGUACAUAGCUUAUUAUUUUUCUGCUGUACAUUGUUGCUGUAUUGUAAAUAAACAUGUACAAAUAUUGUAAAAGUUAAGAUUAUCUCCCCUUGUAUAUAUAAAAAAUUGUCUUUUACUUGUAUGUUCUGUGUAGGGUAAAAUCUCAAAAAGUCUUUAUGUAGUCUUGGAUGGUUCUAUUUAUAUUGAAUCAAAUAUAUGAAAUUUAAAUGUUACAAUUAAAAAAUGCCGGUCAUUUUAAAACUUUGCUGAAUACAUUGUUGAAAUGUUAUUUAGGGCUAACAGUAUCAUCAUUCAAUUAUUCUUCAGGCAGCCCUGAAAAAAAAUAUUUUUAAACUUUGAAAAGAUUAUUAAAAUGGAAAUUCUAGCAAUAAUUACUUUCUAUAUUCCUGUGGAGUAUAGCUCUUGACGUGGCCAGAUUAGUUUCAAUCCCUUUUACCUGGAUUUGAGUUCAGUUGCUUAAUGUGUAACAUUUUCCAUCAACUUCAAUAAAAACUAAGCUUUUUAAUACUUUUGGUUAAAAUUAAUUGUUGAACUGAGCUUUUUUUAAUUGAUGCACAAUUAAGAAAUAAUUUGAAUAUAUUUUUAGAAAACCCAGAAAACAUACUUUAUUGAUAUUUUGAUUCAUCAAGUCCUUGAAAACAAGGAGGUCACAUGACACAAGACUUUUUUUGAAUGAAUUUCAUCUGUUUCAUGAAUAGAAUUUUAAUCCUAGGUAUCAAUGAAUAUUAUAUUUGAAGAUAUUUUUGCUUAAAAUGAAGUAAAUUAUGCUAGUUGAAGAAAAGUACUUACCUGAAAUCAAUUGCCAUGGAGAUACCCACCAUAUAUUGAUUGUUUAAAUCCCACAAAUAGUUUAUAACCAUGGUGAUAUUUACCCACCAAUUAUUAUAUAUGUAUAACUCCAUAACUGCAGUGCUAGCUUUUCUGCAAACGGUGAUAUGUGCCCACCAAUUAUUGUUGUAAGAUCAUAAGUUUUACAUGUAUUUAUAAUGUGCUAUUGUUUAUUUAGGUAUUCAUGAAUACCACAUUAAAUUGUUAUUUUAUAAAA